UGAGCUGACGUUGGACUUAAGAUUAACCAACUGAGCCACCAAGGCACCCCUAGAUUUUAUUAAAAGUGAGAAACAUCUAUUUGAAAGCAUUGGAGACAUAUAAGACAGAGUCUAAGGUAUUAGAGAAAAAGGAAAUAAAGAGAGGUGAGCAGCUUAAUAUAUGCAGCUACUUUCUCCCAAGAGACAUUUGAUGAUUCUGAAUAAGUUAAGUACAGAGAAGCUGAGCAGCUGAACAGGACUGUUGGCAGUCUUACAGGGGUAAGGAGACAAAAAUUGGGAUUCAGAGCUUUCCAAAAGGAGGGGAUCUGGUAAACAGCCCAGUCUUCAACUGGGAACCUUGAGGGACUACACCCUGGUAAUAAAACUAGCACGAAAAUAGACGAGCACUCACAGAGACUGUAACUCAGAUCUGAAUCAAACCAAUCUCCGAUUAGACUAAGAAGUUAUACUCCUUGCUAACUGCCUGCCAGAAGCAAAGCAAAUCGUCUUCGGAGGAAUAUGACAUCAUCCAGGCUCUCAAAUUAUCGCUACAUUUUUCAUAUGGUGUCUGGCAUUAAACAAAUAGAUGAUAACAAUAACAACAACACCAGGCAUAACAGGAGCUAGGAACAAAUGACUGAAAACCAAAAGAAAAAAAAUGUUGUAAUUUAAACAGGUAUGUUGAAUAUAUUUUAAGAAUAAUCUAAUAAAAAUUCUAGGAUUGAAAUUAAGAACUCAGAGGAAAGAUUUCAAAGCAGAUUAGACUCAACUAAAGAGAUGAUUCAUGAACUUGAAUAUAGACUAGAAAAAAAUAUGUGGACUUCACUACAAUUACAGCAGGAUAAGAUUUUUAAGAAAUACCAAAAAGAAAGACUGGGAGAUAUAUGGGAUUUGGUGUAGACAUUUGUGUAAUUAGAGUCCUAGAAGAAAAGGAGAGAGAGUGUGUAGCAUAAACAAUAUUUGAACAGCAAAUAAUCUAAGGAUUUAAAAACCGAUAAAAGACAUAGAGGCACAGAUAAAUACAAAGAAAGUUACAACUAGACCCAUCGUUGUAAAAUAGGUAAAAAACAACUAAAGACAAAAACUGUAAAUGAAGUUAGUAUAAAAAAAUAAUAAAACACAUCUUGUUCAGGGGCACAAAAUAAGACAGCCAAAUUUUCAAUAAAAACAAUAGAAGCCAAAAAAUAAUGAAAUGAUAUCUUUAAAAGGCCAAAAGAAAGGAUGUGGCUGGAAUUUGAGGCGCACAGGGCCAGUGACGCUGCAGACCUGAGACCUGAAGCAGCCUAGAGGCAGUGAAAAAUAGCCCUGAACGCCUGCAAUAAAAAAUGGCCUCUAAUAAAACUACAUUGGAAAAAGUGGGAAAGAAACAGAAAGGAAAGAGUAAAGUAGAAGAGGCAGAGCCAGAAGAAUUUGUGGUGGAGAAAGUAGUAAAUGGGAAGAUAGAGUAUUUCCUGAAGUGGAAGGGAUUUACAGAUGUUGACAAUACUUGGGAGCUUGAAGAAAAUUUAGAUUGUCCAGAGUUAAUUGAAGCAUUUCCGAAUUCUCAAAAAGCUGGUAAAGAAAAAGACGGUACAAAAAAAGACUCUUUAUCCGACAGUGAAUCUGAUGAUGGCAAAUCCAAGAAGAAAAGAGAUGCUGCUGAUAAACCAACAGGCUUUGCCAGAGGUCUUGAUCCUGAACAAAUAAUUGGUGCUGCAGACAGCAGUGGAGAAUUCACAUUUCUCAUGAAAUGGAAAAAUUCAGAAAAGGCAGAGUCGGCGUUGGCAAAGGAGGCAAAUAUGAAGCUCACCCAGGCACCCCAAAUUGUAAUUCUUUUUUAUGAAGAGAGAUUAACUUGUCAUUCUUGUCUAGAAGAUGAAGCUCAAUGAUAUAUCAUUUGGGGGAGUUGUUAGGGAUUUUUUGCAUCUCUAGCACUGGUUACUUUGAAUAAAUAAAAGCUUCCUAUAGUUGCUUCCUUUAUCAGAAAAGAAUAUUUGAGACCAUGGUAUAUUAUUCCCCUGCAUUAGAGAGCACCUUUUCUUAAUGCUGGGGGAAAUCUUCAUAGUUGGUACUCAACCAGAAUUUGUGUUUAAUUCCUACAUGCCUAAGGACCAUUCUGGGCUUUUUGUUUAUUUGUUUUUUUUUUUGGUGUGUGUGAGUGUAUACAUAAAAAUACAUACAUAAAUGGUUUUCUUUGUAAAAAAAAAAAACAUUCACCCAAACAAAAGCAGAAUUUCAUGACCAUGGAUAAGCCCAUGUUUCUGGGAUGCCGUCAUUUUCAGCAACCUAAGAUAUAAAUCACUUAAAGUAAAUUGAAAUUUUUCCUGAACAGGCCUUAACUUUUAAAAUUUCAUAAUUAAUUGGACAGUUUAAAUAUACCAUAAACAAUUUAAAUUGGGCAAUUUAAAAGUAGCCAUAUCAGAAUCCAUAUCCAUAUCUAUAGUCAUAUAAAUGCAAGUUUAUUUGCAAGAUCCCUGAAAGAAAAAUUUUAGCAUUACCAACAACCUCCCCACCCACAUGAGAAAACUAGACAAGUCCUGGUGUGUUUAAAUUAGGUAAGCAAAACUUAGUUACGUGGACAUUUAAAGUUUCCUUCUGGUGAAUCAUUCCUUUGCAAGAGGUUGAAAUCUCUGCGAUAUUGACUAAAAGGUCACAAUUUAUGGAAUGUCUAAGACUUUGUUCAUGGAAACGUAAUCAUAAUCAGAUGGUUAGAAAUAUUGACAGUUUAGCACUUGCUGGAAUAAAUGGAGGGACAAACUUCCGUAUUGUAAAUUCUUGACCUGCAUGUGUUUUCUUUACCCCAGCUCAUUCCUUACAUGCGGGCCCAAUCUUCUCAGUAUUUGAGUUCCUGGUUCAGCAGAAACCAGGAAAAACAAUCAUCAGAAUGUUAUCCAACUAUAUAUUGUUUACUUUAUUGUAAAUAUUGGUUAAUAGUGGUCAAUAGUUUAUAUUCAAAAGGAUAAACAAAAAUCAAAGGCUAAAGGAAAAUAUCUACUAACCUAAAAAUUCUAUACCCAGAGAAAGUAUCGUUCAAAAAUGAAAGC